AUGAAAGAGUAUAUUAUUCUUUAUCCAGUGUCUUAUCAUAAAUAUCAUAAACAUUCAUCUAAUAAACAACUUCAUUAUACUAAAAUUGAAUUUACUUCAGAAGAUCAAAAAGAAUUUGGAACUUCAAUUCCUUCAGAAUGUACAUCAAUCAAUGACAAUUGUUUUAAUAAUUCAGAUAUUACUGAAAUUACUCUUCCAAGAAAUAUUAAACAUAUUUCAUUAAAUUCAUUUUUACAUUGUACACAAUUAAAAAAUGUUUAUGUUAUGACUUCUAAUAUUUUUUAUCCUCGUGUUUCUUAUUUAAUGAGUAAAUUGAUAACACAAACAAAUGGAAUUAUGUGUAAUGAUAUAAUUUUUACUUUAGAAGAUAGAAUUCAUUCAACAUUAAAUGAUGAAAAAAUAUCAAAUAUUGCAUUUGUUCCUAAAGGAAUUAAAGAAAUUGGUCAAAGUUGUUUUGAAAGUUGUCCUCAAUAUGAAAAAAUAUCACUCCCUCAAACCGUUAGAUUUAUUCAUGUCAAUGCAUUUACUGAAAUAACUUUACCUCCUUUCUUAUCAAAACUUGGAAAAAAUGCCUUUCUUGGUUGUACCUCAUUAACGUCUCUUGUUCUUGGAGAGUAUAUAACUUCAAUUGAUUUCUGCACAUUUAAAGACUGUUCUUCGCUUCAAAAAGUUCAUCUCCCUAACCAUUUAAUUUCUAUUGAACAUCGUGCAUUUUGUGGUUGUAGAAAUUUAAAAGAAUUAUAUUUACCACCUUGUCUUACUUCUAUUGGAUUUUGUGCUUUCAAUGAGUGUGAAUCAAUGAGUGUUAUUAAUCUUGACCAUGUAUCACAAAUAGAAGGAGGUGCUUUUAGUGAUUGUCAUCGCCUUAAAUUAAUACAAAUUCCCUUAUUAACUUCAAUCCCUGAAUAUUGUUUUAGCCAAUGCAAAGAAUUAACACAAAUAUCAUUUGGAAAUUAUUUAACUUCAAUACAAAAUAAUGCAUUUUAUAAAUGCAUUCAACUUAAAACUCUUUUAUUUCCUUCAAGCCUUGAGAAAACAAUUUUAAAUCAAUAA